AUGGCCACCUACGGAAAAGUAAGUCCGUUUGAUGAAGCAGAAGAAACGUGGACCCAAUACACCGAACGACUGGAACAAUAUUUCCUAGCAAAUGAAGUGACAGACGCCAAAAAGCAGCGGGCAAUAUUUCUCAGCGUGUGUGGCUCGAAAACAUACGCAUUAAUUCGAGAUUUACUACAGCCAAAGAAACCGGGUGAUACGGAGAUAAAAGAAAUUUUCAAAGAGCUGGAAAAGCAUUUUAUUCCAACACCAAGCGUCAUUGUAGAGAGAUUUAAAUUCCAUAGCAGAAUUCUCCGUGUUGACGAAGGAAUUGCUAAGUAUGUGGCUGAAUUACGUCGAAUGACCGAGCAUUGCAAAUUUGGCACUUCCUUGGAUGAUAUGAUACGGGAUCGAUUAGUAUGUGGUAUCAACAACGAAAAGAUUCAAAGACGACUCUUAGCAGAACCUGAACUAACAUACAAGAAAGCAGUUGAACUUUCGUUAGCUAUGGAAUCGGCAUCAAAACACGUCGAAGAUUUGGGCGCCAAAGGAGUUUCUAUCGAAGACCAAAAUAAUAUACAUCGUGUAAACAACCGUGAGGACAACCAGCAAUCAAGUCGCUCCGAAUGUUAUCGUUGUGGGGGGAAGCACGCAGCAAAUUCGUGUAAAUUUCGCGAGUUAAAAUGUUUUAACUGCGACAAAAUUGGCCACAUUGCAAAGGUUUGUCGUAGCACAAGGCGAGGAACAAAGCAAGCAGAGUUGCCACAGCGACGCGAAACCGGAAGUCGAGGGAAACGUGAACAGGAUACGGAAGUAAAAAUGGUUAAUGCGCAGGGUGCCCAAGAGGAAGAAUAUUCGCUGUACAAUAUUCGAGAGAAAAAAAAAGACAAAUCGAUUUCAAUUGAUGUAGAACUGGUAGGCCAGCCAAUCAGAAUGGAAUUAGACACUGGAGCUACUAAGACAAUCAUAAGUGAAGAAACAUACAACAAACUAUGUAAGAAUUUGACACCACUUCGCAAGACAACAGUUGUUCUUAGCACCUACACCGGAGAGAGAAUUCCAGUAGCGGGCGAAGUAAUGGUUCCAGUACGGUAUGGAAACCAACAGCACAACCUACUCGCACUUGUGGUCAAAUUAAAGGUCAAGGUCCAAAUCUGUUUGGCCGAGAUUGGUUGCGUGUAAUCAAAAUGAACUGGGCCUUAAUAUUCCAAAUAAAUGAAUGUCAUCCUUGCAGUGAAUUGAAGGAAGUUCUUGAAACCCACAAAAAGGUUUUUACCGAAGAAUUAGGUACUUUGGAAGAAACAACAGCAAAAAUCUAUGCAAAUCAAGAUGCACAACCCAAAUUUGUGAAGGCUCGGCCAGUUCCUUUUGCCAUGAAAAUUCCACUGGAACAAGAAUUAGAGAGACUACAGCGAGAGGGAAUCAUAUCUCCAGUUGAAUUUUCAGAUUGGGCUUCGCCAAUAGUGACAGUAGCCAAACCAGAUGGAUCGGUCCGCGUAUGUGGUGAUUACAAAGCAACAAUUAACCAAGCUUCGAAACUAGACAACUACCCAAUACCGAAGACGGAAGAUCUGCUUACAACCCUCAGUGGAAGCCAAAAAUUCACUAAGUUGGAUAUGUCACAAGCCUACCAACA